GGAAUAAAUUAAAUCGUUCACCAAAUCCACUGAGUCAGCAGCCACUCAUGGCAAGUGGGAGUUCAAUGAUGAUGAAAAAGAGAAGUUUUGACUUUCCUGAUCAUCAUUAUCGUGAUGCAAUUAAUCGAUUAAAAUAUAUGCUUGGUGAUAAUUAUACAACUCCGACUAAGUUCUCAUCGACAUCGUCAAUAUUCAAAUCAGUUACAGACGAUGAAACUGACACAAAUACUGAGAACACAAUUAUUGAGAGACCAGCGAUUAAGGAAGUUUCAAAAUAUUUUCCUUAUAAGGCAUACUCAACCCUAUCGAAUGCUUCAUAUGCACACAAGAAAACAUCAAAUAGUUUACAAGUUCCAUUGACAAACUAUUCCUCAUCCGAUGCAUUAAUGCAAGUGUCAAGUGCUCAAGCUCCAAACGAGCUACUAAGUUUCAUCGAAAAGCAAGAAAAUUACAUCGAACAGCUUGAAAAGGAAUCGAAUUUCUGUCGUGAUGAAUUGAACUCUCUUAUGACAAAGGUUAAAGACGUUAUUAAUGAAAAUGAAACAUUGAGUGAACAUGCAAAAUAUGAGCCUUCAGAACUUGAUGAGUCUUUCAAGUCAUCUUAUUUGUCCAAGCCGUCAAAAUUCACGGUAACAUCGGGACCGAACAUUCUAUUUGAGUCACGCAUUAGUGAAUUGGAAGCGCAGUUAACACAAAGCACUAUUGAUUAUAAGAAAAUAUCUGAAGAAAAUGCAGAAUUAAAGCGCAAGCGAGCAAUCGGAGGCAGUGACUCACUCCUCGAUAAUGCAUGCACCGAAGCUUACAAGAAACAAAUAGAAAACUUACAGCGAGACAAAAAUGCACUUGAAGAUUCGGUUAAGAAACUUCAAAAACAAGUCACGGAACUAAAAGAACUAGAUGUCCAAGUGUUUUCGAAAUCGCAACGCAAUCGCGACUUAGUCGAGCAAGCCAACUUUGAAAAAACGCAAGCUGACAUUGAAAUUAGAAGAUUGAAGGAUGAAUUGGAACGUCAGCAUGAAAGAAUAAGAGAAUUACAACACGAAACCGCAAAGCGAAUUGCUGAAGAACGAUCGAGAGCCGAACAUCGCUACAAUUAUCAGGUUGACCAACUUGGAGGCGAUUUAACAUCACAAUGGGAACAAUCGUCCAAAUUGCAACUGGAAUUAGAACGCAUGAAGCGACUCGAGUCGGAUACAAAACGUGAAAUCGCUUCAAAGAACAACACAAUUGAAGAAUUAAAGUCAGAAAUCAAGUUAAAAACCACAGCUCAUCUCUCCGAUAUGGCCCAGAUUAAUUCCGAGAAGCACUCAUCGGAACAAGAAAUUACAUCAUUAAGAAUGCAAAUUGAAAGAACCGAACGUCAAGGUAAAACGGAAAUAUCUCGUUUGAAUGCUGAAAAUAGUUCCCUUCGUCAGCGCAUUGAUAGAGCAGAUGCUGAUUUGUUGCAUUCACGUCGUGAAAAUUUGCGAUUGUGCGAUCAAAUAUCAAACUUGGAGAAGGAGAUUGCUCUUGGAAACAUUGACAAGGAUCAUCGUCCGAAGGAUGUUAAAACUGUUAUAACUGAAAUGGAGGAAAAGCACACAAAUACAGUUCAUGAGCUUGAGAGCAUGAUUUCAGAACAAAGACAACUCAUGGAAAAAUUGACCGAUCAAUGUAAAAAUUUGACACAGAAGCUGGAGGACACAUCAUCAAAGCAUAAGGCAGAAAAGCAAGCACUGAGACAGACAAAUCAAGAGUUGAUGGAACGCCUUAAAGGUUUAUGGAAUUGCUACAAAGAAAAGUCACUGGAUCGAUUGUGUAAUUCCAUAAGUUCCAAUUCAAGCUCAACACCACCAAAUAUUAAUAAUCUUAAUAAUGAUUAUAAGUCAGCAACAACAACUUCCAACGAACAGAUUCCGGCGAAUGGAAUAGAGGUCAAAGAUCAACUGACAGUUUCGUCCCACCUACAAAUGCAAUGGAAACCUAUCAACAACAGCAGCAAUCAAUCGACUAUGGACAAUUUGAUUAUGAAAAACGUAGAGACUCAAGACCACCAUCAAGAUCUGGUUCUAGGUCUGGAUCAAGAUCAAAUUCGAGACCUUCAUCUAGGCCAAUUUCAAGAGCAUCAUCACAGCAAAGAUUUUCAGAAGAACCAGAAGAAUAUCGCCAACCUCAAAGAAGUCUCUCAAGAAAUGACUCGCAAAGAUCACUCACAGAUUAUCAACAGCAACAAAGGCAACCAGAUCCCAUUAUUACCACACGAAUCAAUGAAUCUUAUAUGGAGCCCGAGCCCGUCGAAAUCCGAAAACCAAGUGUCACAUUCAAGAAUGAUGAAUAUGAACAACAGUCGCAAAAUAUUCAACAAAUGGCUGAACAAAGAAGUCCUGUUUACACCACUUCAUAUCAAUUGCCACAACAAACCUACCAAGAGCCCAUUUAUACCGAUCAGUCCAAUUACAGACCACAACAAGAAUAUGAAUACACACCCACUACAACAGGAUACUCGACAGGUCCUUCAACAACAGGAUAUUCCACAGUUCCAACAACAGGAUACUCCACAAUUCCUUCAACAACAGGAUAUUCCACAGUUCCAACGUCAGGAUAUGCAACAACAACUCCAACAGUCUACGAGCAGCCUCAAUAUGAGCCAGUCUAUCAAUCUCAGCAACAGUAUGAGCCAGUACAGCCCGUCUACGAGUCAGAAUCUCGACGACAGUCACCCGAGAAAGAAAUUGCCUAUCAGCAAUCUUCUCGACGUCAAUCUCCUGAAAAUGAGUACUACGAGCAGCCAACAAGAUAUUCAGAAUCAAGACGACAGUCACCAGAACUUGAAUAUCAGCCUCCAAGAUCCGCAUAUGUCGAGCCAGAAACUCCAAGACGCUACUCACCACCAAAACGGGAAUCUCCACCAAGAGAGGAAGUCGAAAAUAAAGUCGUACAGCAGCGACAGCUAUCUAUCGAAAAAGACGACGGAAAUACAAAAGCUUACUCGCAAAGGCAGCAAUCUCGAGACAACUUAUCACCAGAACAAUUCGAAAAGCCCUCACCGCAACAACAGCCAAAAGCCACAAUCCCAAUCCCACUUAGUCCUCCAAUCACAACGCCAUCACAAAACACACUCAAAGGACCCGGAGCAAAUCCCACGUCAGCGAAGCAAGUGGUCCCGUCCUCGCCAAAGCGAGGAGGAGUCGCAAGGAACUCAAAAGUCGGAAUCGAACAAAAAGCGGGCCGAAACGCUAUGGGGGAAGCAACUGGAGUUGGACGAAAAUCUGAUAACGUGCAAAAACAGCCUCCCAAGGCAGUCACUAAUAUUCGAGGCAAAAAAUAAAUUAUUUUCUAGUUAUGAGUCGAACAUGAACAAUACAACAAGCAGCAACAAUAAUGAUGAGGACAUAGAAAUUCAAGAUGUACUCGCGAAGCCACUGAUAGCUGAAAUUGUUAUAAGUAGUCCAAGCCUUUUUGACGAAACGCCAACAAAUUCAUUAUCUAGUCACUCAUCGUCACCGCAAAUAACAGUGCAAAAGUUAUAUUAGAUAUAAAUGAAAGUUAUAGAUAAUUAAGAAUAAUUUAGUAAGCCAUAGUUCACAUAAAUAUUUAGACAGAAUUGAAAGAAAGUUUAUCGCCUAUAUGAUGAGAAAUCAAAAAUAACCACAAUUUUAAGAGGAUAUGACGAAUAAAAAAUUUGAGAAUUCAAGCAACAAAUAGAAGUGUAUUUAUUCUCAUCCCCUACACACACACUGACACUCUCUCGCUCUAAGCCGAUACUCUCUCAUUCUCAAAGUUAAUGAUUGUCUCUCUCGCCGGUUUCCUUUUUUUUCUGUCAGUGCAUGAUUGUGAGCAUAAAAUGUAAUCUAAAGCUUACUCGAGAAAGAAAAAAAAAUAUACGAAGAAU